AGGAGCACGCGCCACAGGCCAGACGCACAAAUCAGAUACCCACCAUGCAGAGUUGCCGCUACCUCAUCACCCAAGCAUGGGCCCCGGCGAGCCUAAAGCGGACAAACCGCCACCCCCGUUUACCAUCUCAUACAGUCCGGCUCCGGUCACCACCGCCGAUCUCCGCCGUGGCCGCUCCAGUAAAAAAUCGAAAGGCUCAUUCAAUGCCGCCGGAGAAGGCGGAAGUUUUCAAGUCACUGGAACGCUGGGCUUCGGAGGGGCUUCUGCCGCUGCUAAAGCCGGUGGAGCAGAGCUGGCAGCCACAGAACUUCUUGCCCGACUCAUCGUUGCCGUUCGAUGAAUUCAAGGAUCAAGUGAAGGCGCUGCGAGAUCGGACGGCCGAGCUUCCGGACGAGUACUUCGUGGUGCUGGUGGGUGAUAUGAUCACGGAGGAUGCACUGCCUACAUAUCAGAGCAUGAUAAACAACCUGGAUGCGGUCGGGGACGAGACCGGAGCGAGCCCGGAUCCGUGGGCUGUUUGGACCCGUUCUUGGACUGCGGAGGAGAAUCGGCAUGGGGAUUUGCUAAGAACCUAUCUAUAUCUAUCCGGCCGGGUCGAUAUGCUCAUGGUCGAAAAAACCGUGCAAUACUUGAUUGGAGCCGGAAUGGAUCCGGGGACAGAAAACAACCCAUAUCUGGGAUUCGUGUACACUUCGUUUCAAGAGCGAGCCACAUUUGUAUCGCACGGCAACACGGCUCGCUUAGCGAAGGAGGGGGGAGACCCGGUGCUGGCGCGCAUAUGCGGCACCAUCGCAGCAGACGAGAAACGCCACGAGAAUGCGUACGCGAGAAUAGUCGAGAAGCUGCUGGAAGUGGACCCCACGGGAGCAAUGCUGGCGAUCGCAGACAUGAUGCACAAGAAGAUAACCAUGCCGGCCCAUCUGAUGUACGACGGGGAGGACCCACGCCUGUUCGAGCAUUUCUCCGCAGUGGCGCAGCGGAUGGGGGUGUACACAGCGAACGACUACGCGGACAUAUUGGAGUUUUUGAUCGAACGAUGGAGGUUGGAGAAGCUGGAAGGGCUAACGGGCGAGGGGAGGCGAGCCCGGGAUUUCGUGUGCGGACUAGCACCGAGGAUUAGGAAGUUGCAGGAGCGAGCCGACGAGCGAGCGCGCAAGAUGGGGCCCCAUGGCGUGAAAUUCAGCUGGAUCUUCAACAAAGAGGUGGCCUUGACCAUGUGACAGCCAGAUGUAGCUGGUCAUUGCCACCAAGGAAAAUGUGAUUUGUGUGCCAUAGAGAGAAUGUCCUCCUCCUCUUUUUUUUUUUUUCCGACGGGAUGAAUGCGAAAUAGUUGACACUUUUGGUGCCUUCCCUGUUGCUCUCGUUCAUCGGUGUACGUAUAGUGUCAGUGACAGUAGUGAGCAGGAUCUAGCUAGUCUUUGCAUAUAGUGGCAAAAGCCGAAUGCCUGGUCAAUCAAUAAAGACCUCAGUAUGCCUAUUAUGUGAGUAGGCCAUAAUCACAGCGUUAGCAUUCAUGUUG